AUGGCGUUUAAUUGGUCUUUCCCCAUGCAACCCUACGCGGUCUACGAUACGCGAGAUGACGAAGUCAUCGAACCGGCUUUUGUUCACCCUUUCGACAACUUCUAUGAAAGUGAAGAAAUUUUCGAAUCUUUUCACUCUCUGUCAGUGGAGCCAUGGGCGGGACUGGGGUGCACUUGCGAAUUGAGCUUCAUCACUUGUGAUGAGCACAACAAACAACAGUUCUUCGAACCCCCGGCCAUCUCAGCCACGGCGCGCACUGUAGGCGAGGGCUUACAACCGGCACAACAUACUGUCAGCUGGGAACACCAUAUUUCCCCACAUGAUAGUGUGACAACUCCACUUGACGAUGCUGUCUCCCCGCCUUCGCUUCCUGUCAUGCAAAACCAAAACACUGCUCCGCAGCGUGCUAAGCGCCGCACAGUGAUCUCGAGUAGCAACAAACGUAUACUAGAGGAACAAUUUGCGUUAGACUCCUAUCCCUCAGACAGUGAAAUAAGGUUGCUUUCGCAUCGCACCGAUCUGAGUGGUAAGGCUAUCAAGACAUGGUUCUCAAAUACUCGAUCGCGAAGGCUCAAGCUCUUUCUGUCACAGGAGGCUGCAGCAAACACGACAUCUGGUCACGUACAUACCCGAUGCAAAUCAGGAAACACCUCACUUAUGAGCUCUGUAUCUUCUAUGGGAUCGUGGAAUCGUGAUCGGCUUUCGUCGAAAUCCAGCUCUUCAUCGCUUGAAAGGUUUUUGUCCGCUCCAAUCAGCGAAGAUGGUGCUUCGCCAGCCUCCAUCAAAGCCGCCCUGCAAGAUUCCACUAUUCAGAUGGCCACCUUGGAUAGACCUUCAAGCAUCCGGGUUGGCGGGUCAAGAUCGCUAAGUAUCGCUGAUUCAGAAAGCUCUCUAUCGAAGUUCUACGAGUCUUUUGUCUAUGGACUCUAG